AUGGCCAAGUGCAAGAACCACAUCACACACAACCGGUCCCACAAAUGGCACAGAAAUAGCAUCAAGAAACCCCGGUCACAAAGAUACGAAUCUCUUAGGGGGGUUGACCCCAAGUUCCUGAGGAACAUGUGCUUUGCCAAGAAGCACAACAAGAAAGGCCUGAAGAAGACGCAGGCAAACAAUGCAAAGGCAAUGAGUGCCCGUGCAGAGGCCAUUAAGGCCCUUGUGAAGCCUAAGGCCAUUAAGCCCAAGAUGCCAAAGGGCCCCAGCCGCAAGCUCAGCCGGCUUGCUUUCAUCGCUCACCCCAAGCUUGGGAAGAAGAUUCGAAACUACAUGAGCAAGGGUGUUGUUUUUGGUCUUGUCUGUGUGAACGUCAGUAUGAUCAAUCUCUUGCAUCAAGUGGAUGAGAUUAAGGGACAGCUGUUCAGUACACGGAGCAAAGAAUCAAAACUAACCUGA